AGAAGCGGCAGGACGGACUCCCUCCUUCCCCAGACGGCAAUGCCCAAUGCCAGGAGGGGGCCCCACAGCCCAAAGCGUGCGAGCCGAGACUUGAGGCCCGAAACGAUGUGUUUCUCGGCCAGGUUUUGCGGCAAGAUUGCCGCAUCAUCUCGGGUCUGCUCGGCGCCCCCGCUCGCCUCCAGGCUUCGGGCGCUGGGAGCGCUGGGCCUUGUAAUGCGACCUUCUUGUUUCCGUCGCGCCAAGCGGGCGCGAUGAUGCCUCGGGGUGCACCAGAUGUCCACCGGGACCACGGCCGAUCCCUGGCUGUACCUGGGGAAUUAUAGUCUACAGUCCACACACGUCAGCCAGAUGCCACAGGCCGAUCAUGGCUCACUUGUUCCGCCAAUGGCGGCCGCCAAAAUGCCAUCUAGUGGGCUGCCCGCCCGGGAUUGGCAACAACGGCAAUGCUACCAAAAUGCCAUCAUCGGAGGGCUGGGCGGCCGCAUCCCCGCUCACAAUGCCGAAUGCGCCAAGCACGUCCUUAUCUCGGCGGUUUUUCUGCUCUGAGAAGCUGCCUCUUCGCCCCUGGCUCGGACGAUCGCUUGGUUCCUCAUGGCUUGUCUGUCUGCCCGUGCUCUUUUAAGGGCAGCGUCCCGCAGCUGACUGCCUCGCUCCCGCCCGUCCUCGUCCUCGUCCUCGGCCCCUAUCUGAAUCAGACCGCUUUUCGACCCCCUCUAGGUCCUCCCCGAGCCUGGUAGUCGUGUAGCAGAGUCAGACACUGAGAUUAGCAGUACAGAAGCGUCGCCAUGGUUCCUGUAGGUUGGAUCCGCGGCUCCGGCCUCAUCACGGCUGUGCUCCUGGCCGGACAGUCGCUUGCCCAGUCGUGCCAGACCGCUCCGUCGGUCCGAUUCGACAUUCGCAUGGGCGAGGGCUACUCCUCCAAGCCCAUCGUGAGCGGCCUCUCGCGCCCGCGCGGCAUCGCCACCGACAGCCAGGGAAACCUGCUGGUCGUUGAGGCGGGCUCUGGUGUGCGCCACGUCAAACUGGCCGAGUCGGGUGGAAGCGUGUGUGUCCAGUCGAGCAAGCAGCUCCUUGCUGAUAGCCAGCUCACCCACGGCAUUGCGCUGUCCCCAGACAACAAGCACCUUUAUGUCUCUGGGAUGCACGGCGUGUUCCAGUACGCGUACAACGCCGUCGCGGGCACAGCGUCCAACCGCAAACUGAUCGUCACCGACCUAAGCAACCCCGGCACUACCCAUGCGACCAGGUCGCUUUGGGUGUCCCGCGCGAACCCGGACCUCCUGCUGGUUCAUCGCGGCUCGUACAGCAACAUCGACCCCGAUGCCGCCAAGGAGGAGACUGGCCGCGCCGUCAUUCGCUACUUCAAUAUCUCGGAGAUCGCCCAGACUCCCCAGCCACACGCCACCGGCGGAAGUCUACUGGCCAUGGGCGUGCGCAACACGGUGGCGUUUGGCGAGAACGUUGCCAGGGGCGAAUUCUGGUCCGUCGACAACUCGAUCGACGACAUGCGGCGCUUCGGGGCGCAGGUGAACAACGACAACCCGGCCGAGAAGAUGAACUUCCACGGCGCCAUCGAGCUCGGCAACAAGCACCUGGGCGGCAACUUUGGCUACCCGACGUGCGUCGCGGCCUGGAGGACCGACACGCUCUCCAACGGGGCGCUCCGGGUGGGGUCACAGAUCGCGGUGGACGUGGGCUCCGGUCAGGACGCGGCGGCGCUGGACGCGGCGUGCCAGCAAAAGUUCCUCCCGCCGCGCCUCAGCUUCCCGAGCCACAACGCGCCGCUCGACGUCAAGUUCACGGCCGACGGGAAGCACGCCUUCAUUGCCUUCCACGGCAGCUGGAACCGCUCGCCGCCCGACGGCUACCGCGUCGUGCGCGUCGACAUGGGCGCCGAUGGCCAGCCGGUCCAGGCCGCCGACUCGGCGAACCCGGGUGCCGUCGUCAUGCGCAACGCCAACAACGCCGCCUGCCCCAGCGGCUGCUUCCGGCCCGUCGGGCUCGCCAUCGACGCCAAGGGGAGGAUGUUCAUGUCGAGCGACAGCACGGGCGAGAUCUACGUGAUCUCGGGGGGCGCGGGCCUGGGCAACUAGGCAAACCGGGGAUGGUGAUGCAUGGCCGUGUCAUGGGUAUGGGUACAUGUUGAGGAAGGCAUAUGGGAAUGUGAAGAUUGGCUGGUAAGCCUGCGCCGAUGGUGUCAUGGACGUCGCGAGGCUUGUUUGAGCAAAGACUAGAAACGUAUGUUUGCCGCCUUGUUCUGUCUCGGGCCCUGCUCGGCCUGCUCCGCACAAUGAUACAUCAGUCCUUCCGCCCG